AUGGUCCGAAAGCCUAAGGCUGUCUGGCCCGGCCUCAUCAAAGAUGGAAAGUAUAGAUACAGCAUUGCUGGAGAUGGCAACUGUCUCUUCGCGUCCUUGUCCGACCAACUGUACGGCGACCCUACUAGACACCCCGAGAUCCGCACUGCUAUUGUAGAGCACCUCCGCAACUUCAGACCCCUCUUCGAAGGCCACGUCCACAAAGAUGAUGUGCAACAACGCAGAGCGACUCGUUCAGCUGCGACAAUCCAAUCCCAAGAAUCCUACGACGCGUUCGAGGAUUAUCUAGCAGUCAUGUCGCGUCCAGGUACCUAUGGUGGAGAACCUGAGCUGGUUGCAUUCUGCCAGAUCUUCGAUCAAGACGUGACAGUCCACCUACCCAAAAUCCGCCAUUUCGAUAAAGAAUCCUUGUUCUACACCAACGAAUACCGAGAGAAUAAGGUCCUCCGCUCGUCCCUACAUAUCGCCUACGGUGGUGAAGAGCAGGGUGCCAGUGGUCACUACGAUUCGGCCAGGAAUAGAGAUGGCUCGCACCCUCGAAACAACCAGAGUCCGAAACCAGAGUCUCAACAGUCUCAGAACGAGCUUACCGCCACUGUCGGCACCACAUCUGGCAGCAACGAUGCUAGCACAGUCAACAAUAACCCGGCCAUCUCCGCUCCGACUGCCAGAGCCAUUCGCAACAAUCGGUCCGACUUGUCACACGAGCUCAUUCACGACAUUAUCCAGAAAGGCAAGAAGGAAGUCGAAGGCAGCCUUGAUCAACUAAAUGUACGGGCCAGGAGCGCUUCGGUCUCGUCUUCUCACCGAAGCUCAAGCUCAAAGCGAUCACUUGAAGAAGAGGGUGACAAUCCCCGCCGUAAGCGUGCCGAUCGCCGCAAGAGCACCCGCAAACGGACUGAUAUGUCAACCGUUUCUUUCGAAGUAGACGAGGAUCAGGGCCAAGCCGAUGCUCUCCCCAACACUCCUGCAAGCACCCAGGACACCGAGACAUCCUCUGGCGUCGGUGAGCUGGACCUGUCAGAUGACGACGAUGCCGAGUAUAAGCCUGGCGACCUCAGCGAUUCUGAUGCAGCUCGGAUGCGUAGACGCAAGAUCAUCAAGCCAGCUUCGAGAGCUUCUUUCAUAAAGAAGUCCGGUGCCACUACACAAACCAGCCACCUGAUCAAGAUCGCUGAACGACCUCGAUCCACCCUGCGAACAUAG